AUGUCCAAAUUAUUUAUAUCCACCACAAAUUGCGGGAAGGCUCAUGAGGCCGAUAUCUUUGGCAUGUCCAUUUCCAAUCCUUUCACUAUUACUGUUUCGGGAGACGGAGCCUUGAAACUAUGGAAAAACAGGCUUCUCGAUGGUCAGCAGCCCAAAGAACACGUUUUAUCAAAAUUCGUUCAUAAAACCGGUGUACAUCAUGUUGACGCCUUUCAUUCUAUGGAAAGAGGAGGCAUUGAAGUGUUUCUAGUGGCAUGUGUAUCAUUUUCUGGGCAACUUUUUGUUUACAGCAUUGAUCUUGAGUCAGGGGCGUUCCAAGAGCUAGAUCUUUUAACAAAGAGCGAAAAACAGAAGUCUUAUUGGUGUGUUAGGUUCUUCAAAAGUGAUGAUUUGAACGUUUCCCAUAAGCUAGUGGCAACAGAUGUUAAAGGUAACACAAUUGUGUGGAAUCUGAAAACGUUCAAAGAAAAAGAGGAGGCCGAUGGCCAGCAUGCAGAGGAGAAAGAUAUACAUCUCGUAUUGAAGGGAGAGAUUCCCUCCCCUGAACCUAAUUUUGCCACCUGCGUAGAUGUGUCAAGCAAGGGACUCAUUGUAACAGGGUUUCAAGACGGUAGCGUUUCUGUUUCUCAGCUCGAGACUUUGAGGCCCAUCUAUGUCUUUGAGGGUUUUGGUAUAAAGGGCACUGAAGAAAGUAGCAACACGGUGCGGGACGUCAAAUUUUCGCCUCUAGGCGAGCUUUUAGCGGUUGCAAACGAUUCUGGUUCUUAUGGCUGCGUAACGCUUUACGAAACUGAAUAUGGAGAGCGUAUUGGCAACUUAACUGUUCCAACCCAUAGCAGUCAAGCCAACAUUGCAAACUUCACACACGAUGGCUGGGUUUUCGGCAUUAGCUUCAACUCUACUGGUGAGUUCCUAGCAACUUGUGGUUAUGACGGGAAAAUCCGUGUUUGGGAUGUUAAACAAAAAGAACGAGUUAGUACCCUGAACAUCAGCGCUGGAGAUAUUGAAAUUGAAGAGGACAUAGUCCCCAAAGAUGAGUUUGGAGAUUCUUUGAAAAUCCCACCUGUUAUGGGCGUGACUUUUAUAAAUAAAGGUGUCAGAGGUGGUGUAGGAAGUGACACUAAUGAGGGAAUAAGUUGCAUCUGCUUAGAUAGAAGCGUUCGCUGGUUUCGGGAAGCAGGAGGCGUUUGA